UUACUGGAGGGCAUCGUGUACGUGUCCUCUUCCGGCCUCGGAAAACGGUGGCCAGGGCAGACAAGCGGCUCCUGUAGGCAGAAAGAUAGCAGCAGUUUUAUCCCUGUCAGCACAAUCUCUUUGCGUGGACAUUUUUUUAGAAGAACAAAAUGGCAGACGGCUACCAGGUAAAGAAAACAGCUAUCGUGAUUCUGACUUACGUGGAGAAGGCGGCCUCUUUCGCCUCGUCCAUCAACCCUAUCUUUGGCUUUGUCCCCGCCCUGGUGGGUGCGGUCCGCAAGGGUCUCAUGGAUAAAGAGGGCCACGAGCUGGAAAAGGACUUCCAGGCCAUCCACAGCAAGCUGGAGAGCAUCUCCCAGAAGAACCAGCAGCACCUGAGACAGAUCCGGAUGAAUGAGGUGAUCCAGAACUAUGGCAAGUACGAGGAGUACAUCAAGCAUCAGUACGCCGCCGUCAACACCAUGGUGGUGGGAGUGAAGGGAGACCCAGACAACGCGCAGGUCUACAUGGAGCGAUUUAAGGAGACCUACAAACAGAACAGAAUGGACACCGGUCUGAAAGUGUACUACGAUGCCGUGAAGGGCACAGGCACGCUCUUCGGCAGGCCCCUGCUGCAGGUCUACCGGGAGAACUGCAAGGGCGACGCUGAAACCAUGGAGCGCCACUGCUCACGCGUGGCCCACCUCUUCCAAAUGGGCCUCAUCGCCCUCAUGGCUUAUACUGCAGUCACAGAGGACGAUGAGGACGAGGUGCGCAAAAAGUGGGCCGACAGGGUGCGCGACAUCCAGGAGAAGAUGCAGGAGGUGCUCACUCUCUGCAACAUCAGGGAUCUUGAUCCGCCUUCUGAUGACAAGAGUCUUGCUUCCUGAACCUGGAUCGAAAAGUUUAGACCCAUCACGCAGCUGUGGAUCAAUAGAAAAACAGACCAAUCAUCUUAUUAUACCAAAAGAACAUGCUCUGUCAGCUUUGUUUAGAUUUUUUGUCUCACUGUAUUCAACAUGGCAUGUUUUUUGUCUUCAAUGUUUGACAUAAUCACUCCGAAUAAACAAAUUGAU